AUGAGCGGGAAACAGCAAAAAUCCAUCUUGUCGUUUUUCAACAAGACUCCUAAUGCCAAGUCCAGCGGAGGGGUUACACCUUCAAAAUCAAAGCCGCCAAAGACCAGCGUCGGGUCAUCAGAAAAGAAGAAGAAAUCUCCUUCGUUGAAAGAAAAUAGAAAUGAUCCGGUCGCGAAGAAGCUUGAUCUCGGAGCCUCAGGCUCAAAGUCCAAGAAAGCUCGGAUUGACGAUGAAGAGUCGGAAGAAGAACUGAAGAUACCGCCCCGAAGAAGUACUGGAAAGCGACGACGAGCAAUAAUUGAAUCUGACAGUGAUGACGAUAAGGGUCCAGAAAAGAAACAGAAAAGCUCCCGGAAGCGAAAGGAAUCCGAGGAUGACGAUUUCAAACCCCCAGGAGAUGCCGAGGAAUCAUCGGAUGAUGCAAUGGAUGUUUCCAUCGCUGAAAGCGAAGACGAGACGAUGUCUGAGCCAGAAGAAUCUCCAAAGAAGAAGAAAAAACCCGUUGCACGGGCCAAGAGUACUGCUGCUCCAAGAAAGCGAAAUGUCAACACGACGAUGAACGAUAUGAGCGUCUUUGCUGCGGACAAUGACGAAGACGGCGAAGGCUCAUCCGAAGUUGUAUGGGCGCAUGAAGAGCUAGAGUGGCUCAAACCCGAAAACAUCAAGGACGCGAAGGGACGAAAGUACGAUGACGUUAACUACGAUCCAACUACACUGCAUAUCCCCGAUGCCUACAUCAAAUCGUUGACUCCAGGCAUGGGAAAUUGGUGGAAAAUCAAGUCCCGCAACUAUGACGUAGUUAUAUUUUACAAGGUCGGCAAGUUCUACGAGCUUUAUCAUAUGGAUGCAAUCAUUGGUGUUCAAAACUGCGGCAUCACCUUUAUGAAAGGAAAGUUCGCCCAUGCUGGCUUCCCCGAAAUGCGAUUCGAUCAUUUUGCUUCAAUGCUCGUGACGAAGGGAUUCAAAGUCGCCCGAGUCGAGCAAACUGAAACUCAGGAUAACAACAAGGCCCGAGUCAAAGAGUCCAAAGACUGGAAGGGCGUCUCUAAGAAACUUGACAAAUUCGAGAAGCAGACACGACGAGAAGUCUGCAACAUCGUCACACCAGGAACACGAAUGGCCGCCUUCAAUACCCAUGACGAUCUCGGCCACAAAGAAGGCCUCUUCGCUUCUAUCUUCGAAGCAGAUAAGACUAUUGGUGUUGCCUUGGUAGACACUUCCACGAGUGAGUUGAUCGUUGGCCAGUUUGGCGACGACACUUUCUACUCAAACCUUCGGACUCUUCUCAGCCAGCGUCAUAUUUCCCAGUUGAUGAAGCAGAAAAAAGCCUGCCUUUCACCAAAUCUCUUCCAGGUGCUUUCGGCCACGAGCAAGGGAAUUUGCUACGAUGAUCUCCCCGACAAGAGUUUCUUAGAGCUUGAUAAAACGAAGAAGAUCAUUCGAGAGAUCGAAACUGAAAAAAUCAAAAUGGAUACGCUAUUGGAAAUCUGCGACGCGAAUCCUGUUGGUGCGCAAGCUCUUGGAGCUUUGCUCACACAGCUCAAGCGAUAUGAAAUUAUCCAUGAAGUGCUCCGAACAAGUUCCUUUGUGCAAUACGAAACGGCGGAAAGGCUGACGAAGAAGGUUGUGACUCAGCAGCGGAUGGUUAUGGACGCUGCCACCUUGAUCAACCUUGGAGUGACGCAGGGCGAUGAUGGAUCAGAAAGAGGGUCCUUGCUGCGCAAGCUGGACACGUGCUGCUCUCCUGGAGGAAAGAGAAAACUUUGGGAGACAGUCAUUUCUCCUCCUGCAAACGCAGAUGUCAUUCGACAUCGUCAAGAAUGCAUUAAAGCGCUGAUGGAGGACAAGGACUUUUGCAAAGAUGCCAGAAAGCUGAUUUCUGGUCUGCCGGAUCUUGCCCGUCUCAUCAGCCGCUUUGGGAACUUGAGCUUUGGAAUUCGGCCAUCCGAUCACCCCGAUAAGCGCGCAGUCAUGUACGAGGAGAUUCUUUACAACCGCCAGAAGACUCGAACUUUUUGCAAAGUCCUCUCUGGUUUUCGCUCAAUUGAUUCCUGGAUAAAGAAAGUAUCGGAAACCAAGUACGAUCUAGCUAAAAUCCUGCAGCUUGUUGAUAACAAGAGCAUUGUGAUUGACGAUCUCCUGGAGACUUGGAAAAAGACGUUUGACAUGGAGAAGGCCAAGCGAGAUGAAAAACUCACUCCAAAAGAAGGAGCGAACCCUCCUUUUGACGAUGCCGUCAAGGAAAUCAAACGGAUCGAAGGUGAAGCCGAGGCUUUCCGCUCAGAAGUCGCCGAUAAUUACGGUCAUGCCAAAUUGCUCAAAUCUGGAAAGCUGUAUUUCGUCAUUCAAGUCCGCGAUACAGUGAAGCCCCCUCAUGAAUGGACCUCCAUCGGACUCAGCAAGGGAUUCAAGAAAUACCAAGCGCCAGAGUUGGAUGAGCUCAACAAAGAAAUGGACCGCCAAGUCAACUUGAAAGACAUAGCCUUGAGUGAAGCUUCUUCAAUGAUUUUUGGCAGAUUUUACGAAAGUGCUCCCCGAUGGCUAGCGAUCGUCAAAAUAAUUGAUGAGUUGGAUGCCCUCAUCUCACUCGCAAACUAUGGAAAUUCCAUCGAGGAGCGAUGCUUCCCAGAGAUUCUUGAUGAUGGCGAAGUUCUUAGCUUCACUCAAGGAAAGCAUCCCACUGUUGACCUCGCCAAUUUUAUUCCAAACGAUGUUGACUUGGAAGACGGUGGGAAAUGCAUCCUCCUAACCGGUCCAAACAUGGGCGGUAAGUCUACAAUUCUGCGACAAAUUGGUCUUCUCGCUAUUCUCGCGCAUUAUGGAUGCCCUGUUCCUGCCGAAAGCAUGCAGAUCUCGCCCAUUGAUCGCAUCUUUACCCGACUCGGAGCCUCUGAUCGCCUCCUUGCUGGCGAGUCCACAUUUAUGGUGGAGAUGGCGGAGACCAGCUCAAUCCUGAAGAGCAGCACCAAGCAAUCUCUUCUUUUGCUCGACGAGCUCGGUCGAGGAACCGCCACCCACGAUGGGUCUUCAAUCGCUCAAGCCGUUCUAGAAAACCUCUCUUCCAGAAAGGUCCGAACAAUUUUCUCCACUCACUACCACACCCUCUGCCUCAUGCUCCCCGCUGGUUGUGUUUCUAAACACAUGAGCUGCCACGUAGAAAAGGACGAAGAAACUGGCUUGGAGAAAGUCACGUUUCUGUACACUCUAUGUGACGGCCAUGCUUCGCGCUCUCAUGGAUUCCACGCUGCUAGAAGCGCCGGAAUACCCGAUCAAGUCGUCCUCGCCGCCCAAAGAGCUGCCAAAGAUCUUCAAAAGUUGCACAAUGGACUUCAAUACAUCAACCAUUUCAAACGGCAGCGAUUUGAGAAGGCGCAGCACUUCAAGUUCAUCGAAUGCGAUGACCAGAUGCUCAGAUUUGGGACUCGAGGGGAACCACCUAAAAGUGCCAUCAGCAACCCGCGCAAAACUGUUGAUGAUUUCGUUGAAGAGUUUCGGCGAGCAAAAGAAAUCGUCGCGGUCAAAGAGCGCGAAUCCAAAUUCUUGACCGGUAUCAACAAGUUCUCUGAAGUAUUCGAAGUCGCAGAGGACGAGUAUUUGUCUAACCAUCCAGAUCCGUUCGAUGAACGCGCUCCGUUUUCAAUUGUGCCUGACUGUUCCCUUGGAAAACUACAGAAAAACCUUUCAGAGUAUCCAGAAUUUCUCGAUGAAGUUAUCGAAGACUGCAUUUUGCGCGCGACAUGCAAAGACCUCCAAAAAGCAACAUGUCGACUUCUUUUGCUGACGCUGCCCGGAUUCGAAGCAGCGGCGACUUUUUCAUCGUUUGGAGAUCGACUUAUCCCCAAACUUCACAGCUGGGCAGAGCUUCCGCUUUCAAAUCCGCUAUCUGGAUACGCUGCGGGUUUUCUUGGCCAUGCGAUGGAGUCCAGCGAUCUUGUGUCCGACUAUCGGACCAUCAAUCAACGACUCGUCCCAGUCGUAAUUAGACGACUUCAAGAAGCAGUGGAGAACCUCCGGCCACGGCCAUUUCCCCACUCAUCUUCGCCCCCAUCCAAAAGAAUGCGACAUUCCACCUUAGAAAUCUACGACGACAGUGAUUCCCGCGGCUCUUUCACAUCAGAAGCUGACCUGAGACAAGAACACAAGCUUCAUCCUCUAGGAAAUCCUCGGAAAAUCGUCCUCUACUUGCAGUACUUGACGCCCAUGGGUGAGUACUUUGACCAACUUCCGUCAUUUAUGGAACACGACGCACUUGGAACGGUACUGGACCUUCUGGACAUUGGAGAUAACAUCAUGAAACUAGAAACGUUGAAACUACUCUCAUCGAUGCUCUGCCAUAAUAAGGUAGCGCUGGACUUUGUCAAUCGAAGCGGGUUGGAGCGACUAACAAGCGUGAGCAAAAGCUCAAGAGCUGGUGCAGCAGUUGCUGUUUGUCUGUAUUACCUCGCAUACAACGGGGACGUGAUGGAGCGAUUUUUUCAGAUAAGCCGCGAAAAGAUGAGGGGCGUAAUCAGUUACGCUUUGGAUCUGAUCGAAGUAAAGCAUGAUUCCGCCCGAGUACACUCAAUAAUGUUCUUCACGUAUAUUCUUCUCAACCCGAAAAACCGGGUGAUGCUCCAGAUCUUCGACGAAAAAGACGGUGUCCGGCGAAUAUUCAACGUGAUCUCGACCAUGUCAGUUCUCCAAAACGGCGACAUUGAAGACCAAGAAAGUCAUGCUGAGAAAACGAGCUGCAAGAUGGCAUCUGUUUGUUUAAAACGAUAUAUCGAGAGGAAUAUCGUCUUGAAGGCUGAAGCUUUGGGAAUAAAUACUGCUCUUUACCAACUAGAAUCGAACACUCAGUCAACCGGCAAGAAAAUGUCCCUCUACGAUCUCGCAGAGAAGAUAAACAAUUAUGGGACUGGCUGCUUUCUAUCAAAGAUGGGCUUCUUGCGAAAGUUCAUACAUAUGAAAUGCAUCCGAACGCUCCUUCGUCUUGCUUUACGAUGUGCGGAUUGGACGGGCUUCACUGGGCGCAUAGAAACGAUCCGUGCCUUGAUUGACAUCGUGGCCAUUUGUUCGUUGUCUUUUGAGGCGAUCAUGCAGCUUUGCGAACCCAUUGUGUCUGAGGAUUUCUUUGAGAGUGCCAUACAAUUCAGAACACAGGCUCCCCCGGCGGACUUAGAUAGUAGGCAUCCGUCUGACGACCACCGCAACUGUGGCCUCAGUCUCCUUUUGCUUAUGGUUGAAGAUAAUAGUGAGGAUGGUCACUUCUUCAGUGAAGACAUUCGCGCCUCUGCUCUAGACAUUCUGAAAUCAGCCUGUUACGUUUCACCGCGGCGAAAAGCCAGCGAAGUUGUAUUUGGUGUUCUCCAGAAAAACCACGGCAUUCAAAUUCUCAUUAAUCUCAUGGACAAUCCAGCGUUACGCAUUGGGGCGACAAUAGCCCUAGCAGGAAUCGCCCGCCUUGAUCACGUGAAACAAAUUGUCAGAAAAGUGCUCCAGCCAAAACACAUCGUGCGACAGUUUUUCCUUGGCGAUUCUUCGAAUCUUGAAGACUUCCAACGAGCACUGAAUCAUCUCUCAGAUAUUUCUGGAAUGCCUAAGUACAGUUCUGAAACUUGGGAUAUCGAAAAAAUAACGAGGCGAAAUGAGAUCCUGAAGAAUACAAAGAUUCUUGUCGACCAAAAGGAGAUCUUGCAAUUAGUAGAGGCUCAUCUACGUGAGGCUGGACUGCCGCAAACAGCGGAAAUGCUCAGAAACGAGGCUGGAAUAUCAUCGAUGAAUUACAAGUCCGCCUUCAAAACUCCGCGCCAACGAACCAGUUCCUUCGAUGAAAAUGCGCUUCCAACUCCACGAUGUACUGCUCUCAGUGAAAUUUCGACAAACGUUUCUCCCCAGAAACCGACUCAACCUAAAAUACGAUUUUCAAAUGCCAGCAGAUCACAGAAUUCAUUAACGUUCUCAAAGACCGUGUUGCCUCCGAAUGUUCCUGCUAAACAAGAAGAAUCAGAGGAGCCCGAAAUCCUCUUUAGCCUCACAGAUGCCGUUCGAUCAUACUUCCGCGAACAGUGGCAUGCAAAAUGUAAAAACCCAAUAUCGUCUUGCCCAAGAUUCUCAAUCUAUAAACAACACAAAUGCCCAGAAAAGCGUCCUGAUCCGACUCCAGUACCACUGCCGAUCCGUCUUAGAUCCCGGAAAAUUAAAAACUAUCGUGCCGGUGACCGAGGAAACAUUUUGGACAAGCAAUUUGUUUGGAAUAGUACCAACGGGGAUGUUCUCAUGUACGACACGAACACUGAUCACAACCAGGCCGCUUACAAUUGCUGUGAGAAUGCGAUCAUUCAUAUUGGAGUGACCGAACGAUUUGUGACAACAACGCAGCGAUACGGGUCGCAUCCAACCACUCUUUGGUCGUUUCCCGAUAUGGACAUUGUGAAGGAUUUCGAAGACCCAGCGGUGAUCUGGGGAGAAUUCGCAAAGCACAGCAAUCGAUUGGCGCUUACUUGCGAGAAAGAAUGCAUUCUCUACGACGUGGAGACCGAUAAGGCACUCUUGAACAUUCCUUACAUCGAUUUGGGCUGUGGCUAUGAGCAAAAUAGGACCUUUUUUGGACCUGGUGACGAUGUGUUCCUAUCCGACGGAUGCUUGUGGGAUCUACGAAGUGGCAAAAAGAUAACCCGAUUCGACAAACUGAACCAGAACGUCUCGGGUAUCUUUCAUCCGACCCAGCCACAUGUCAUCAUCAGCUCUGAGAUUUGGGAUAUAAGGAUGGUGGAUUCGAAUAGAAUUCUAAAGCAGGUACCUGAGCUGCGUGGAAUCUGGCCGCGAUUCACGCCAAGAAGCGACGCCAUGUUCGCAGCAAAGUGGUUUUCCGACAUUGAAAACCAGGAUAUUUAUGAGCUGGAUAGCGUGAUAAAGAUUUAUGACCCGAUGGAUUAUGAGAACUUGGGAACAUGGAAGUUUGAGUCUAACAGAUCGAAAAUCCCACGGCGGAAAGUACUGGAUUUUACAAUGAACAAAUCAGAAAGAAUGGUGAAUGUUUUGGAGUCAGAUAUGAGCAAGCACGUUCAGACGAACUGCGUGAGCGCGCGAUGGUACCAGAUUGGAAUGUUGCAGGACGACGAUGACGAAGAGUCCGACAAUGCGAGCGACAACAGUGAUAACGAUUACGGCGGAAUGGGUCGACGCCCACAUAGAGACGAGAUGGAUGACUUUACGGACGAAGAAGGAUCGGAUUAUGAAAUCUACGAAGGCCCACGGCUUGGGCUAGGACACCAGUCUCGGAGGUCAGUUUCUAUUCGCGCUUCUACGCCACCGAGUCAACGGCCCAGCGACGUCCUGAACAGAGACACGCGCAUCGUCAGUCUUCGUGAGAGUCCUCUGGAUCCGGUGGUCAACGCCAUGCAGCAAGCUAAUAGAGAGCGAGAAAUUCAAGUACCGCCCUCAAUCAAUCGAUCACCGUCUAUUCCAGGCGUUAUUCCAGAUGAUGGAGACGAAGAUUGGGAAGAUAUUGAAGAGGAACAAGGAGAGUCCGAAGGCAGUGCGUGA